AUGGUGGAAAAGUGCAUUGUAGAAAUAAGUAGAUUAAAUUUUGAAGAUAUUUUUAAGGCAUCUAAAGGUUUUGCUUUAAAAAUGAAUGGUAGCUUUAUCAAAACUAAAAUAUCUGAAGAAAUAACUGUUGAAGAUGACUUCCCUGAGACGAGGAUCAGACGUAAGAAACGUAUGUUUGAUGAAAUGUGUAAUGAUGAAGCACCAACUGACCCAAAACUUAAAUUCAAAAUUGAGGUAUUUCAAAGCAUUCUUGACCAAUUGCAAACUAGUUUGAAUGACAGAUUUUCCAAUAAUAAAUGUAUUAUUGCUGAUAUGCAAUAUCUGUUACCAAAAUAUUAUAAUGAUGUAAAAAACAAACUAAUUCCUGAGUCAGCAUUAAAUCAACUUUCAAUACUGUCAUCAGUUAAUCGAUCAAAAUUAAUUGAUGAAUUGGAACAUUUUGCUACAAUAUAUAGUCAGUUAGUGGAACCCUUGUGCAAAAAAAACAGUCAUAUGUACAACACUUCUGAUGAAGACCAUGAUUUUAUACAAAAUUAUAUUGAUUAUGAAGACCUUAACCUCGAAUGGGAUUGUGAAAUAUCCAAGACAAAAUUUGAACGAAACACAAAUAUUGUACAUAAUCGUGAUAAUUGCUUGCUUUGUGUAUAUAAACUGCUUCAUUCGCUUAAUUUGCAUUUGCCAACAUAUUCUAAUUUAUGUGCUACUAUCGAAUAUGUUCUAACUUUAUCCAUUAGCCAAGUGAAUUGCGAACGGGUUUUCAGUAAGUUAAAAAUAAUAAAAAAUCGUCUUAGAGCAUCAAUAUCGAAUGAUCAUUUAGAGGCUUUCAUUCUUAUGUCGGUUGAAAAAGAAAUAUUGGAUCAAAUAUCAUUGGAAGAUAUUAUAGAGUAUUUAAAAUCUUCAUCAUCACUUUUGUCUAAAUUAUUAUCUUAA